AUGAAACAGUGCAGCUGGGAGCAGAACAUGGCCAACACCUUUGUCACUGUCCCUGAUGGGUAUUGCCUUCCUGAGCCCAUACAGUACUAUGAUGUUUUACCAGAACACAUCAACUACCAGCUGCAAGACACGGAUUUCCAGACUGCACCUUACUGCCAGUACUCAGCAGUCCCAAUUCCUGCUCCAGCCCUGCAGUCUCAGCCCCCUCCAUCCCCAUAUGGCACAUAUGGGCUGGACCCUGUGUACAGCGAGGGGCCGUGCGUCGUCAGCAGCUGUGAGCUCAGCAAACCUCCCUUCCUGCCCCCACACAUGGAUGAUGGGGGAUACCAGGGCUUAAAGAGGCCGAGAUUAAACCACUCCGUGAGGCUGAAGGGGCAGGAGGAGCUGUGUGUGGUGUGUGGUGACAAAGCCUCUGGAUAUCACUACAACGCACUGACCUGCGAGGGCUGUAAAGGUUUCUUUCGCCGCAGCAUAACCAAGAAUGCUGUGUAUCGGUGCAAGAACGGAGGGCACUGUGAGAUGGACAUGUACAUGAGAAGGAAGUGCCAGGAGUGUCGCCUCAAGAAGUGCAAAGCUGUGGGAAUGCUGGCAGAGUGUUUGCUGACUGAAGUCCAGUGCAAGUCAAAGCGACUCAGGAAGAACUUCAAGCAGAAGAGCAGUUUCCUUUGCAACAUAAAGCUGGAAGAUGAGGGACUGAAUAGUAAGCAUGUGUCAUCUACAACAAGAUCUGGAAAAAUCCCAGAGAAGAUGGAACUUACUCCAGGGGAACAUCAGCUUCUUGACCACAUUGUAGCAGCACAUCAAAAAUACACAAUUCCCCUUGAGGAAGCCAAGAAGUUUCUACAAGAAACUGCAAGUCCCGAGGAAAGUUUCCUGCGUCUCUCUGAGACAGCUGUUGUCCACGUACAAGUGUUAGUGGAUUUCACAAAGAGACUUCCAGGAUUUGAAAGUUUAGCUAGUGAGGACCAGAUUGCACUGCUGAAAGGGUCAACAGUCGAGGCAAUGUUCCUGCGCUCAGCCCAAAUAUACAACCAAAGACUGAGCGAGUGCCAACCCUCAACCAGUGGAAGUCAUGUAAGACUUUCUGACCAUGGGACGUGUUGUCAUGUUCAAAACCUUGACAAAAACAUUUAUUCCAUGGAAAUGUCUCACAAUGAGGAAAGUCCAACUUCCACUACAACCACAGGCAUCACCGAGGAAUUUAUCACUGCCCUGUUCUACUUCUACCGAAGCAUGGGGGAACUCAACGUGACCGAGACGGAAUACGCUCUGCUCGUGGCCACAACUGUGUUCUUUUCCACCCGCCCGCUCCUGCGGAACAAGCGCCACGUGGAGGAACUUCAGGAGCCUCUGCUGGGCAUCCUGUACAAGUACUCGAAGCUGCAGCACCCCGAGGACCCGCAGCACUUCGCGCGGCUGUUGGGGCGCCUGACCGAGCUGCGCUCGCUGGACCACGCACACGCGGAG